AUGGAACUGAAAGAGAGGCUUGCGCUUAUCAACGAGAAUCUCGUUGAGGUGCUGAAUCCAGAGUUGAUCGAGCAACCUUUGGCCGAGGGCCGCAAUCCGAAGAUCUACUGGGGGACUGCAACGACCGGAAAGCCUCACUGCGCAUAUCUGGUACCGGCAAUCAAGAUCGCUCAAUUCCUGGCGGCUGGAUGUGAUGUCGUCGUUCUUCUUGCAGACAUCCAUGGCUUUCUUGACAAUCUCAAAGCACCAAUGGAGCUCGUGGAGCAUCGGGUUGAGUACUAUCGGUUGACCAUCUCCGCGCUUCUUAGUGCUGUUGGUGUCUCAACACAUCUCAAAAACUUAACCAUGGUUCAGGGAAGUUCGUACCAAAAGACAGCUGAGUAUGUGAUGGACGUGUAUAAGCUUAGCUCUUGCAUCUCCGAACAUGAAGCCAAGAAAGCCGGGGCCGAAAUAGUCAAGCAAUCGGACAGCGCACCUUUGAGUAGUCUUCUUUAUCCUGUUCUCCAAGUGCUUGACGAACAGUACUUGGACGUCGACGCGCAGUUCGGUGGACUUGAUCAGCGGAAGUUGUUCAUCGCCGCGAAAGAAUGGUUGCCGAAGUUAGGAUAUAGACAACGAGCACAUCUCAUGAAUGGCAUGGUUCCAGGCGUAAAUGGUGGCAAAAUGAGCGCCAGUGAUCCAGACAGCAAGAUCGAUCUUCUCGACCCUCCAGAAGUCGUCAAUCGAAAGAUCAAAAAGGCAACAGCAGCUCCGAGAAUUAUCGAAGAUAACGGUGUUAUCGCCCUUGUCGAGUUUGUUUUGCUUCCAGCCGCAGACUUGAGUGGAAGCCGAGAGUUCCGUGUCGACCGUGAUAGGGAUGGUUUGGAACCUUUGAUCUACACAAGCGUCGAUAAACUGCACGAGGACUACAAGAAUGAUAUUCUCACUCCCCAAAUCCUGAAGUCGGCAGUAUCAGCCGCUCUCAACAAGCUGCUGGCACCUAUUCAGGAGGCUUACCAUGCUUCACCGGAAUGGCAGGAGAUAGCUCUAAAAGCAUAUCCGCCACCUGCCAAAAAAGAGAAAAAGGUAAAGAAUAAGGGGACUCAACACCCCAAAUCGAAGAACGAAAACAUCAAGAGUUCAGACUCCAAAGAAACCACUUAG